GCCGCCUUCCUCUCGCGCAGGCGCAGUGCUCCUGCUUCCGGGUCGACGGCGGGCGGGCGGAGCCUGUAUUCACAUCGAUCUGAGCGCUGGCGAUUGCUUCUGUCUGUUGUUUAGCUAUGGAAGCUGCCGGGAUGCAGCGAGGCCGCCGGAACCCCGGUCGGGGUCUAGUUUGGUGCUGACCGCCACCCGGGGUCGAGUAGACGAUGGGGGAGCCUGGCUUCUUGGUCACGGGAGACCGCGCCGGUGGUCGGAGCUGGUGCCUGCGGCGGGUGGGGAUGAGCGCCGGGUGGCUGCUGCUGGAAGAUGGGCGUGAGGUGACUGUAGGACGAGGAUUUGGUGUCACAUACCAACUGGUAUCAAAAAUCUGCCCUCUGAUGAUUUCUCGAAACCACUGUGUUUUAAAGCAGAAUCCUGAGGGCCAGUGGACAAUUACGGACAACAAGAGUCUGAAUGGUGUUUGGCUGAACAGACAGCGUCUGGAACCUUUAAGAGUCUAUUCCAUUCAUAAGGGAGACUACAUCCAACUUGGAGUGCCUCUGGAGAAUAAGGAGAAUGCGGAGUAUGAAUAUGAAGUUACUGAAGAAGACUGGGCGACGAUAUAUCCUUGUCUUUCCCCAAAGAAUGACCAGAUGAUAGAAAAAAAUAAGGGAUUGAGAACUAAAAGGAAAUUUAGUUUGGAUGAAUUAGAGGGUCCUGGAGCUGAAGGCCCCUCAAAUUUGAAAUCCAAAAUAAACAAAGUGUCUUAUGAAUCUGGUCAGUCAGUGAAAUCACAGGGGAAAGGUGAAGUGGCCAGUAUACCCUCUGAAAAUUUAAAUCCUAAGUUGGCUGCCCUUGAGCCAAAUAAGAAGACCACAGGGCCUCCCAUUUACCCUGGCUUCCCCAAAGUCACAGAGGCUCAGCAGAAAGCCUCAAACUCUUCAGCAUCUCAGAGCAGCUUACAGCUGUUUAAGGUGACCAUGUCCAGGAUUCUGAAGCUGAAAAUACAGAUGCAGGAAAAACAAGAAGCUGUUAGGAAUGUGAAAAAGCAGACCCAAAAGGGGAACUCAAAGAAAAUUGUGAAAAUGGAGCAGGAACUGCAGGACUUGCAGUCCCAGCUGUGUGCAGAGCAGGCUCAGCAGCAGGCAAGAGUGGAGCAACUAGAGAAGACUUUCCAGGAAGAGGAACAGCAUCUUCAGGAUUUGGAGAUAGUGCAAGGAGAAGAGGACCUGAAGGAACAGCUGGCCCAGGCUCUGCAGGAGCAUCGGGCUCUAAUGGAAGAGCUAAAUCGCAGCAAGAAGGAUUUUGAAGCAAUCAUUCAAGCCAAGAACAAAGAAUUGGAGCAGACCAAGGAAGAGAAGGAGAAGAUGCAAGCACAGAAGGAAGAAGUUCUCAGCCACAUGAAUGAUGUGCUAGAGAAUGAGCUCCAAUGUAUUAUUUGUUCAGAAUACUUCGUUGAGGCUGUCACCUUGAACUGUGCCCACAGUUUCUGUUCCUACUGUAUCAGUGAAUGGAUGAAGCGGAAGAUAGAAUGCCCCAUUUGUCGGAAGAACAUUGAGUCUAAAACAUACUCUUUGGUUCUGGACAAUUGCAUUAAUAAGAUGGUAGAUAAUCUGAGCUCAGAAGUGAAAGAACGACGGAUUGUUCUCAUUAGGGAACGAAAAGGCACCUGGAAAAGUUUUCACAGCUUAGGAGAGUGACCUUCCUAGAUGCUAUUCAUCAUCCCUCAGUGCAUCCUAAAUGUAUAGAAGAUUGAGUUUGAGGGAAACAUGCAUGCCAGAGUUGAGAGAUCCAGGGCUGACUUUGACUGCCUGGCUACAACAGCUUUAAAUACACCCUGAGAAAUCUAACGCAGGAGAGUCAGUGACUCCAAUGAGUCCUACACGAUGCUGUCCUGAAAGUGAAAAAUCAAUGCUUGCUGGCCAUGGUGGGAUCCCAUUGCUCUUGGAGGCUGCAGCCCAGCAGCCCAGCUUCUCCAUCAGGCUGGGAAAAAGGGCCUGGAGAUGGAAUGUGAGCAGUUCUGGCCAUCUCUCGUGUUUACCAGGAGACACUUCAGAUUAUUCAUUGCUGUUUCCCACAGUAAAAGUUUCUCCUGCCCUUUUUUGGUUUUUAGUGAUAAUACAGUUAUUUUGGCUUUCUAAAAAGUGGAUCCUCCUUCCCUCUGAACAUGUAAUUUUAUGAUUUUUCACACCUAUUUCCAGGAAUGUCUAUUUUAGCAGACUACCUGUGCAAAUAUAGAGUAGUGUCAUUAACCAAAGCAGCUUUUCUUUGAGUUUCUUGGUUAACCCUAGAUGAACAAUGAGUAUUUUUAGAGCAAGCUCAAAUAAGUUGAUAGUCUAUGAACUAAUCAUAGAGAGUGGCUGAUUAUAUCUCAUCAGCUGGAUAUAUAUUUUGUCCCAACUGCCUGCUGCUAUGGUUCUUAAGAAAUCUGAUAUAACCAGACAUGCUCCUUUUCCUGGCUAGGGCUUCUAUUUCAAUUACUUUCUGUACCCUGGAGAGUCUGGACUGCUUUUACCCUUGUCGCAUUAAACUUGAACCAGAACCAACCCCAAAGAAACAUCUCUUCUUGCUUCCUUUCUUCUGGGUCUUUCCUUUUUUUCUGUUGCCCAGACUACGUGCAGUGGCA